ACAUCUGGAUGCAGGCAGUUGGGUUAACUGGAGGUGUGUGUGUGUGCUUGAGAGAGAGUGAGAGAGAGAGAUAGAGAGAGAGAGCGAGAGACAGAUCCUCACAUUCACAAAUGGAGAGAGAACCAGCCGGAGACAGCACAGAGCAGCAGGUUUUAGCUCCGACGUUAAUGGACUGGAAGUUUAGCUGUGAAGUAAAUAUCUCAAAAUGGCUGACAUUGGAGCAGCUGAACGCAGAAGGGACAAGGAUGGUGGUCGAAGAGGGGGAGGGUCUUUACAAGGGACCAACAAUCCGGCCCAAGACCACAGUCCAGUGGGUGCUGCCCCCCUUGGGACAAAAAGGCAUCUUCCUCGGGGCAUAGUGAUCCAGCUCACCGGGACGGAGGGUGAGUGGAACAGCCUGGAUGAAAGUGAACUUAUCUUCUCUCUGGAUCGUGACGAAGACUACCCCCCUAUCUCGCUUUCGAAGGAGAAGCAGCUUUCUGUCGAUGAUGAUUCUGGGCUGCAGUCUCCAGCCUUCCAUGUGCCUCUCUCACCCUCGUCCCCAAGUUCCCUUGGUCACUGCUCCAACACAGGCGCUAGCUUUCUCUCCCCAGGACCAUCCACACCCACACAUCGACCACUAGCAAGCCUUGUCAAGUCCCUGUCCACUGAACUGGAACCGAAAGAAGGAUCCACCCUCCGACCAAAGCCCCUUCUCAACCUUGUGAAGUCCAUCUCCACUGAGCUCUCCCGUUCUGAGCCGGAGGUGUCCCAGUCAAAAUCAGACUCUCGCCUUAACCUGCACUUGUGGAAGCAGCUAACAAAACCUAAGAAUCGCAGCAACGGAGACUCACGUACUGCGCCUCCUUCGCCUAGCAACCAUUCUCCUCUUGGUGACAAUCUAAAAGGGAAUUUCUUCAAGAUGGAACUUGAAGACACCAAAAGAAAGCUCUCUGAGGCUGUGCAGGAACCGCUGAGCAGCAUGCUCAACAAAAUGAGGAGGGAGGAGAGCACUGGCAGCCCCAAACACCAACACAAGACCCAAGGACCAAGCAACGCCAGCUCUAAAGCCACAGGAGUGGACGGGCUGUCUGACUUUGGAGCACUGGAAUCCCCAGCCAGCGGAAGCAGAAGUGACAGCGAGCUGGUUUUUCAUUGGCCUCCAGUUCGGCAUUCUGGGAAGGGUCAGCGCAGCCCCUGCCCUGUGCACCACAAGAGCCGCAAGGAAGAGAAGUUGGAAAUAACUACGGAUGGUGACAUGAUGCAGAUUUUUGCUGUGGCCACUAAAAAGCAGAAGAGUGAAAGACCAACUAGGUGCAAACCAUCUGACCCAAUGAGUAACUCGGCUGUACCGCCCUACCAGCCACUCCCACGCUUGACCCUUUUCUGCGCAGCGGUUUUAUCGUAUGGAUACUUUGUCCUUCCUCUUACCCCGUACUGCUCCGGCCUUGCCUUAGGUGUAGCUUUGGGAUUCUUGCUAGGACUUUGCCUCAUCAGGAUGAGUUCUUCCAAGUCUACUUCCUCAGUUUCUCAACACAGAGCAUUUCAACUUCUUCUGAGUAAAGAUUCUCCAAGCAAUGAGUCAGAGGUGGUGAAGGGCUGGAUGAAUGAGAGCCAUGAUUAUGAUGCAGAAACGUGCCACUUGGGACUGACUCAUUCAGUUUUCGCCACCUUGGAAGGGUCCUGUCUACGUCUGGACUCCCCGCGGUCCAAUAUCGGCCGCCGGGCAACAUUCGAUGAGAAAGUCCCUGAGACCACAUUCAUCAAGACACGCUCUUUUCAUCUCGCAAGGAGUAAAGUUUUCCUGCUCCCCUCAGUGUUGGCCCAGAAGAGAUUGUGGAACCCAAAGUAUCCAAUUUGCAUCCAACUGCAUGAAGGCAUGAGAGCUGAAGAUGAGGAUAAACAACAGCUUAAAGAAGAUCAUGAACAAGGAGAGACGAGACAAAAGUCCUCUGAGCCUCAAACGCUUUAUCUCUUUGGGCGCACAGGAAGGGACAAGGAGGAGUGGUUUCGUCAUUUUCUUCUCGCGUCCAGUGAUAGAGCAUGUGAGAAGGAGAGAGCCGGCAGAUGUGUGUCCAGAUUGGUGAACCAUCAUAAUGGCCCGAGCAGUCCAGGCUCCUGCAGUGAUGAAAACCCAGUUCCCUCAUCGACAUCAGAAGCCCCCACCAAGCAGUCACCCAGUAUCACCAGGGGCCCGUCUGAGCUUGACUAUGCGUGGUACAUGUCACGUCUUCUGGGCCCUGAGGAGUCCACCCCAAUGUCCAGCCCUGGUGCCUGCAGCACAGAAACAAGCCCUGGAGUCAGAGGAAAGUGCACCUGUGAUCCCGCAGAUGAGUGCGGCAGCAGUCACAACUCGUGGGCCAAUGCUCUAAUAGGACGAAUCUUCUGGGACUUUCUGAGAGAGAAGUACUGGUCCGAUGCUGUGUCCCACAAGAUUCAGAAGAAGCUCAGCAAAAUCAAACUUCCAUACUUCAUGAAUGAACUGACUCUGGCUGAGCUUGAUAUGGGAAACUCCAUGCCCCAAAUCGCUUCUUCAUCCAGGCCAGAAGUUAACCACAGAGGCCUAUGGGUGGAACUGCAGCUGGUGUACACCGGUGCCCUGCAGAUGACCCUGCAGACGAAAUUCAACUUGUCUAAACUUGGCAAGGAUGGCGGCCAGGACAUGGAUUGCAUUACGGAACCUGGUAGUACACGCUGCAGGCCCGUCCUGCAAGUGUUGGCGGACAGUGAUGAAGAGUCGUCCAGUGCCGGAUCGUCAGACGAGGAAGACCUGCUGCUCUCGGAGCCUCAAGUGUCAGUCGGGGAUAAAGGAUCCACAGCAGCUACUGAAGGGGCAGGCGGUGGAAGAACUGGAAGAAAAAUUUUAAGAUUUGUGGACAAAAUCGCAAAAUCCAAGUACUUUCAGAAGGCGACUGAGACUGAGUUCAUCAAGAAGAAGUUUGAGGAGAUGUCCAACACGCCGCUGCUGCUGACUGUGGAGGUUCAGGAGCUGUCUGGAACUUUAGUCAUCAACAUACCACCGCCACCAACGGACCGAAUAUGGUACAGUUUCUGUGUUCCACCCAAGUUGGACCUUCAUGUCUGCCCCAAACUUGGUGAGCGAGAGGUGACUCUGUGCCAUGUGACCGAGUGGAUCGAGAAAAAGCUGCAGGACGAAUUCCAGAAAGUUUUUGUCAUGCCAAACAUGGACGACAUCUACUUACCUGUGAUGCAUUCCGGGACUGAAAGCCCUCAAGCGUCACUUCAUCUGUCCUCACGCUCGUAUCAGUCCUCCACAGAAUCUAUCGAGAGAAUCCCAACUGAGUCUGACUAGUGCCUCGCCUUCUGCUCUGGUGGAUUGUCUGUUCUCUGCAAAAUCUGAAAACCAUGAAUCUGCUUCUGGACUCCAGAGCAGAUGUUUGCCAAAACCUUUUUGAGUCCAAGUUUGAAGCAACAUGCCGCCUGGUGUGAUGCUGACUGGCUGCAAGUGCUGAUGUUUACAAGGGAACGAUCGAUAUGAGAUGUAAAUAGCUGUGUUCAAGUGAUUAUUUGUUGAUAUGGCAACCCAAAUUACGAAAUAA